UCCUUGGAAUGUAGAUAAUCGCAUCAUCUUCAAGGAAACUUCAUGACAGUUAGAGGCAGUGAGCAAUAAGUUGAAUAGCUGGAAGCUGAAGCCUGAGGAGAGAAACAAAAUAAAUAUCUUUAUAUUCCGAUUCAAUAAUUCAGGUUGUCCAAUGGGGAAGAGGGUGGAGCAAGUCAGAGAAAGGAUACUCUCAGGCUCCUUCUACACUGCCAUAUAAAAUCCAAAUGAUCUGCUUUGAACUGGAUUAUAUGGAAAUAUAGAAAGGAACUCAGUUACUCAUUUUAUGAUUUAAGUAUAACUUUUUAUGGCAGUCAAAAGACCCCAUCAGGAAGCAUGACGUUUGAGCAAUUUGGGCAGUUUCACAUAGCAUUUAGAACUCCCAAUGUAUUGCAGAAUUACUUUGGAGAAUUAUGAGGGUUGAAUGAAAAGUAAUGCCUCCACCUUCGUAACUCCUCAACAGAUGGCUGUACUGGUAUGCGGCAGGUACUGGCUUGUUCAGUAGACUCUCCUCUACAAUUCCAUUUGGCAGGAAGCCUUAGCAUUGAAUGGUUGUGUUGUUAAAGUGCGAAGUAUGGAACCCUGCGCAGACAGUCAAUGCGACUUAAGCAAUGUGCAGUCAUUGAAUUCUUGACAGCAGAAGGUGUCACCCCAAAGGAGAUUCAACAGAGAAUGCAAGCUGUUUAUGGUGAUUGUGUUGAUGUGAGUACUGUGCGUCAGUUUAAAGAUGUUGAGGUGGGAACACUGGUAAAGCUGUGUCCAUCAUCUGGAAGAAAUGAUCUAUUGCCUCUAAACCUAGGUACCAAUACUUCCCAAUGUAAUUUGAGCAUUGUUUGAAACCCAUCAGAGAGAACAAUGGUUCUGACCACUGGUUAAGUGGGUCCAUCAUCUGGAAGAAGUGAUCCAUCACCUCUAAACCUAGGUCCCCUUCCCACAAAAUUCCCAGUCCCGGGGAUACUUUGCAUAAAAAACAGCUGGAUCUUGUUGAAUAUUGGCAGUCAGUAAGAAUUAGGAUAAAAAAUCACCUCCUAACUCUUUUAAAUUUCUUUUUUGAUGUGUAAUAAUAAAAAUGUGGGUGGAGUCUCAUGAAAACCGGUCUGGACCUGUUCAAUGUAAACAGUCACAACACCGUGAGAAAUUAUUUAACAAGAGCAGUGAAACUGUACGGAGUCAGAGAGAGAUCAGAGAAAAAACGAGUAACUACAGAUGUUUGGUAUUUGGUUCACUGCAUUCCUUCUACAUGUAAUUGUAAGAGGUUCAGAGAUUUGUUUUGAUAGACUUGGGUGCUUUGAAAAUGGACCUCCUUGGGGUGGAACUUUACAAAGGCCAACGUUGGACUUCCCAGAGCCUCCAGAUAUCGUUAACACUGCUUUUCACUUGUAUACUAGAGAAAAUCCUAUCUAUUUCCAGGUAAUAUCUGCAGUAAAUCCAUCAACGAUUAAAGUCUCAAAUUUCAGAACAAACCGGAAAACACGUUUCAUUAUACAUGGCUAUUUUGUUGGAGAUGAAUAUGAUCGGAUAGUAAACAUUUGCAGGUUUCUUCUUCAAAAAGAAGAUAUAAACUGUAUUGUUGUAAAUUGGAAAGGGGCUGCUGCUGACUUGUAUACACAAGCGGUGCAAAAUAUCCGUAUUGUUGGAGCUGAGGUGGCUUAUUUAUUGGAGUAUCUUGAGGAAAAUUGUGGGUAUUCUCUUUCUGAUGUUCAUAUUAUUGGACAUAGUCUUGGAGCCCAUGCUGGAGGGGAAGCUGGGAGAAGGAAACCAGGCCUAAGCAGAAUAACAGGUCUGGAUCCAGCUGGGCCUUUAUUCCAUCAAACACCUCCAGAAGUCAGAUUAGACCCAUCAGAUGCCAAAUUUGUUGAUGUUAUUCACACCAAUAUAGGCCAUCUUUUCUUCGAUUUUGCCAGUGGAAUAAUUCAACCCUGUGGUCAUCUUGAUUUUUAUCCAAAUGGGGGUGGAAUAAUGCCUGGAUGCAAAAAAGAACUCUUCAUAUCCAAACAGGGGGGUAUUGAUGGAGCUAUGAGAGAAAUUGCAUCUUCUAGAUCAGCUGGAUGCUCACAUAAACGGAGCUUACGAUAUUAUUCGGACAGUAUUUUUAUCCCUGAUGGAUUUCUUGGAUACCAGUGCAAAACAUUUGACUCCUUUGCAUCAGGAAAAUGCUUUCCUUGUCCCAGCGAAGGCUGUCCUAUGAUGGGUCACUAUGCGGAUCAAUUUGCAGAUAAAACUAAGGCGAUACAUCAAGUGUUUUAUCUAACCACAAAAGCUGUUCCCCCAUUUGCUUGUUGGAGGAAACGAGUAUCUGUAAAAUUGUUUGGUUCCCAAAUAGAGAGAGGAAAUAUCACUGUAGCCUUGAUUGGAGCUAAUGAGAUAAGAAAUGAAUACCUAAUUUCCACUGGGUUUCUUUAUCCAAGGUAUGCUUACACAAGAGUUGUUGAUGUACCUAUUUCUGGAGAGAUUGUAGCAGUUGAGUUUCAGUGGAGAACGCACCCAGCUUGGCAAAGAGUUAGCCACAUAGGAGCACGAGACAUCAGCAUUGUAUAUGGGAAAAAUGGAAAUUCAUCAGUAUUUUGUGGCAAUACAACUGUCUACCCCGAGGUUUGGCAGAAACUUACACCUUGUGAAGCACACAUGAAACGUUGACAUUUUUGCCAACUGUACUGUGAAAAUGGAGAAUAAAUAUAUUUUUCUUUAUCAA